AUGCAGUUAGAAUUCCGAACAUUGAUGUUUGGAAUUGUAACAGUGCUGGUAAUAUUUCUGAUCAUUGCUGAUAUUGCUGAAGUCGAAGAAGAAAUUGCGUAAGUAGAGCGGGGGUUUCUGAUUCGAUUUGUUCAUCCAUUUUGUUUUACGUGUUAUCUAGUUGUGAAAAUGCAUUACUCAAAUAAAUAUAAUUAUCUUAUGUUCAUGUUAAAAUUGUUAGAUUCUGCGUUAUCUUCACUCAUUCAGUUUAGAACUUUAGAAGAUGUUGAGCACUCUUACAUUUCUCCAGUAGGAUGUAUGUAGGCUGAAUACAUGUUUUGUCCAUUUCAAGGUUACAAACCCCUGUGCAUUUAUUCAUUCGUUCUACUCCUAUUCCUUUACUGUACAUCUACACUCUUAGAAAAAAAGGUGCAAUCUAGAACCUAAAAGGGUUCUUCGGCUGUCCCCAUAGGAUAACCCUUUGAAGAACCCUUUUUGGUUCCAGGUAGAACCCUUUUGGUUCCAGGUAGAACUCUUGUGUUCCAUGUAGGGGGACAAUGUACUGGUAAUCAGAUAGUUUCAAAUCAAAUCAAAUGUUAUUUGUCACAUGCGCCGAAAACUACAGGUGUAGACCUUAUCCUGAAAUGCUUACUUACAAGCCCUUAACCAACAAUGCAGUUCAAGAAAUAGAGUUAAGAAAAUAUUUACUAAAUAAACUAAAGUAAAAAAUAAAAUAAAAUAAAAAGUAACACAUUAAAAUUACAUAACAAUAACGAGGCUAUAUACAGGGGGUACCGGUACCGAGUCAAUAUGCAGGCGUACAGGUUAGUCGAGGUAAUUUGUACAUGUAGGUAGGGGUAAAGUGACUAUGCAUAGAUAAUAAACAGUGGGUAGCAGCAGUGUAAAAACAAAAGGGGGGGAGGGGGUCAAUGUAAAUAAUCCGGGUAGCCAUUUCAUUAAUUGUUCAGCAGUCUUAUAGUUUGGGGGUAGAAGCUGUUGAGGAGCCUUUUGGACCUAGCCUUGGCUUCGUUUCAGUUGUAACUCUACACUGUUAGCUCUCUUCAGUGAAGAAUACUGUACUCUUUAACAGCUGUGUCAACUGGAUUUUGCUCUAAUUCUAUUGCAUUUUCAUAAUAAAAACAGUGUGUAUAGUCACGGUUUUAGAAGAGGUACUAACACAAUAGAACAGACCACUGUAUCAAAAGGAACCAGUACAAUAAUUGGAAGCCCUGUUUCUUUCCACAUCAAACCUUGAAUCAAUAGCAUCAUCAGGCUGAGCUGAGGCACCCCAGGGCUUCAUGAAAAAUGGCAUGCGCUUGGUGGUUUUGUUCCACACUUCAGUGUAUCCUGUUUGCACUCCAGCUCCAGUCAUGUCAUGGUAGAGGGCUGUUUGGUGGGUGGCUGUGUGGAUAGGAGAUUACUGUUUGAUUUGCUACUGAGAGAGCAACAGACUAGUGACAGAAGAAACAGUUUGCCUUUCUCCAGACAUAAUUGAGCCCUGCAGCAGAAAUCCUCUAUUACACAAAUACAACUCUUGAAGCUUGGAAGAUACAUGCGCUGCAAACAGUUCUGCCUUGGAGACUUCUGGGGCUGGAGAGAAUGAUAGCACAAGUCUCAAGAUUCUUAUAGCUGUAAAUGUUAAGCAGCUGGAACAGUUGGUACUGUAGCACUUUGUCUUACGGUACAGAAAUGACCAGGUACUUAUUAACGAAAUGAUGGUGGUAAUUACUCAAAAAUAAUCAUGUUUAUAUGGUAAUUACAUUGUAAUAACCUAUGAAUUACAAAUGUUUCAUGAAGGAGCUUGCCUAUAUUAGUACAUAUCUCCACUCCAAGAACAAUAGAAUAGCUGUGUUGCUCCCUGGAUAGCACAGCUAUCACAGCUGUCACCAUCAUUUCAGCAGAUUGAAUGCUCUUGGCUCCUGUUCUGCUGCCUGGUAUAUUAGUGAUUGUCCUUGCCUCUGUAAUAUCUGACACAAGAUGCAAUUGCACAUACCUAAUUGGGAUUUUCACUCUCCAUUUGCACCUUCCAAAUAAUGGAGCCGUAGUAUUAUGGUACUGUGUGCUUGCUCUAAUUGAUUUUCUGGAGCUUUAUAGUUUUACACACCCCGUGAGAGUUGGGUUUUUGAAACAGAUAUGUAAUGAGAUUUUUCUGUCUUUUCUUUAUUACAUUGAGAUUGUGGUCAUAAAAGGCAAUGAUGAUGUAUCUAAUGUUGUAUAUCUUGAACAGUAGUCCAUGCUACUCAUAGUGUACAGAUUAUAUACCAUUCAGGUUACUCUAUACAGGAUUUGUAGAGGAUGUUGACCAACUACACCUUUUUAUCCAGAUUCACAAGCACCGGUAACAGUCAGAUUGGUAGAUCAGUUGGCAUGUCCUGUUUUUUCCCUACCAGGGAUCAUAUGACACAUUGGCUUACAUGCCUCUUUAAUGACAAGCAUGGCCUUCAGCGCACAUUUUUCGAGCGUUAUAUCAAUGUAAUGGCUGUUCUGUUUCACGGUCUGACUACGUUUUGAUGCAUGCUCUUGUCCUUCAUGUUCACGUCAACGUGAUGAGCCUACUGCUCAUCUAAAUACACAUUAAGAGCGUAGCCAUAUACCAUAUUCUGACAGCUUGAGUUAUAUAUGUGAUGCCUGGAAUUUGAUUAAACCACCUCUUGCCCUCACUUUUCAUGUUCUGCACAAUUCCAUUCAUCUGACAAGAAUAUUAUAAAAUAUUAUUUUUUGUACAGUUUUUAAAAUAUUUUUUAAGCAAUACAAAACUUACACAUACAAACAAUAUUAUGAAUUAUUCUGAUGGUGGCUAUAAUUACUUUUUUCUUGGUCUAGGAAUAUUGGAGGUUCCAGAAAAUUGUACAUGCACAGCCUCAUUCCCAAGCCCAACAGGUUUGUCAGGCUGGUCUGCCCCUUCUUCCAUUGCCUUCAGGUUUUGUAAUACUCAUCAAUUCAGUUAUUCUAGCCUUUUAUUUGCUAUCUAUCAGAGCUCAUAUGCUUGCAGACAUGUAAAAUAAUGAACAGACUUAAUACACAUGAACAUAUCAGCAAUCUCAUUACCCUAUGAUUGGGUUUUGGCCUAAAGCAAGAGAAAGAACCUGAAUAAAAAACAUUAAAUUGCUUGUUUCCAUAGAAACAUGUAAGACCUAUGAGAUUUGGGAAAGGUGCAUGGAUUACAGAAUUGUGUGUAUCUAUUUGAAAUAAUUGAUAAAUCACACAAUUAAUGUACAAUCUCUGAUGUAUACUGAACAAAAAUAUAAACGCAACAUGCAACAAUUUCAGUUAGUUCAUAUAAGGAAAUCAGUCAAUUGAAAUAAAUUCAUAAGGCCCUAAUCUAUGUAUUUCACAUGACUGGGAAUACAGAUAUACAUCUGUUGGUCACAGAUACACUACAUGACCAAAAGUAAGUAGACACCUGCUCAUCGAACAUCUCAUUCCAAAUUCAUGGGCAUUAAUAUGGAGUUGGUCCCCCCCUUUGCUACUAUAACAGCCUUCACUCUUCUGGGAAGGCUUUCCACUAGAUGUUGGAACAUUGCUGCGGGGACUUGCUUCCAUUCAGCCACAAGAGCAUUAGUGAGGUCGGGCACUGAUGUUGGGCGAUUAAGCCUUGCUCGCAGUCAGAGUUCUAAUUCGGGGUUGAGGUCAGGGCUAUGUGCAGGCCAAUCAAGUUCUUUCACACCGAUCUCGACAAACCAUUUCUGUAUGGACCUCGCUUUGUGCACGGGGGCAUUGACAUGCUGAAACAGGAAAGGGCCUCCCCCAAACUGUUGCCACAAAGUUGGAAGCACAGAAUCGUCUAGAAUGACAUUGUAUGCUGUAGCGUUAAGACUUCCCUUCACUGUAACUAAGGGGCCUAGCUUGAACCAUGAAAAAUAGCCCCAGACCAUUAUUCCUCCUCCACCAAACUUUACAGUUGGCAUUAUGCAUUCGGGCAGGUAUCGUUCUCCUGGCAUCCGCCAAACCCAGAUUCAUCCGUUGGACUGCCAGAUGGUGAAGCGUGAUUCACCACUCCAGAUAACGUGGUUUGACUGCUCUAGAGUCCAAUGGCCACUCCAGCCAACGCUGGGCAUUGCGCAUGGUGAUCUUAGGCUUGUGUGCGGUUGCUCGGCCAUGGAAACCCAUUUCAGAUAUUGGCAGGAACUGGGACAUGCUGUUGUACACGUCGAUCCAGAUUAUCCCAAACAUGCUCAAUGGGUGACAUGUCUGGUGAGUAUGCAGGCCAUGGAAGAACUGAGACAUUUUCAGCUUCCAGGAAUUGUGUACAGAUCCUUGUGACAUGGGGCUGUGCAUUAUCAUGCUGAAACAUGAGGUGAUGGUGGCAGAUGAAUGGCACGACAAUGGGCCUCAGGAUCUCGUCACGGUAUCUCUCUACAUUCAAAUUGCCAUUGAUAAAAUGCAAUUGUGUUCGUUGUCCGUAGCUUAUGCCUGCCCAUACCAUAACCCCACCGCCACCAUGGGGCACUCUGUUCACAACGUUGACAUCAGCAAACCACUCACCCACACGAUGCCAUACACGUGGUAUGCAGUUGUGAGGCCAGUUGGACGUACUGCCAAAUUCUCUAAAAUGACGUUGGAGGCGGCUUAUGGUAAGAAAUGAACAUUACAUUCUCUGGCAACAGCUCAGGUGGACAUUCCUGCAGUCAGCAUGCCAAUUGCAUACUCCCUAAAAACUUGAGACAUCUGUGGCAUUGUGUUGUGUGACAAAACUGCACAUUUUAGAGUGGCCUUUUAUUGUCCCCAGCACAAGGUGCACCUGUGUAAUGAUCAUGCUGUUUAAUCAGCUUCUUGAUAUGCCACAACUGUCAGGUGGAUGAAUUAUCUUGGCAAUGGAGAAAUGUUCACUAACAGGGAUGUAAACGAAUUUGUGCACAACAUUUGAGAUAAAUAAGCUUUUUGUGCUUAUGGAACAUUUCUGGGAUCUUUAUUUCAGCUCAUGAAACAUGGGACCAACACUUUACAUGUUGUGUUUAUAUUUUUGUUCAGUUUAAAAAUGAUAGAAAAUAAGUCUAAUUAAUGAUGUAAUGAAAUGGACUAUAGGGCUUUCAUUACACAUUGGAUGGCUUUACACAGAGGACAUGGUUGUUCAGUCACACUGCUUUUUUAAGUGUUGACAUUCAUUCUUAUAUCACAUGUAUCAAAGUCAUGUUGCCUUUAAUUUAGGAUGGAUGCCUCUCUGUCCUGUCAUAGAAAUGUAGCAGUGAAGGCCAAUCCUAAACCAUUAGUCAGUGAAGGGGAGGACAAGAGCCCUGCUUCUCCUUCAUACUCAAAUAAUACCACCAAGCUCUCUUCAGAUAACUGGACGUUCAACAGGAGCCUCUCCAACCUCAUCAGGUAGGCCUACCUCUGCAUUGGUUUCCAUCAGGUCUCACACUCCUCUAAGCUAGGUAUUCCCUCAUGGAUAACUUAUUUUCUUCUAUAGGAAGAACAUCCUGAGGUUCUUCGACCCAGAGAGGGACAUCUCUAUUCUGAAGGGCACAUUGAAACCUGGAGAUGUCAUCCACUACAUCUUUGACCGUCAGAGCACUACCAACAUCUCAGAGAACCUGUACCGGUUGCUGCCCACUGUGUCCCCCAUGAAGAACCAGCACCACAGGCACUGUGCCAUCGUAGGGAACUCUGGGAUCCUACUCAACAGCAGCUGUGGGCCAGAGAUAGACUCCUAUGACUUUGUUAUCAGGUAAGGUGUGCUCUCGUUCUCCGUGGCCGACGUGAGUAAGUCAUUUAAGCAUGUUAACUCUCGCAAGGCUGCCGGCCCAGACAGUAUCCCAAGCCGCGUCCUCAGAGCAUGUACAAACCAGCUGGCUGGAGUGUUUACGGACAUGUUCAAUCUCUCCAUAUCUCAGUCUGUUGUCCCCACUUGCUUCAAGAUGUUCACCAUUGUUCCUGUACCCAAGAAAGCGAAGGUAACUGAACUAAAUGACUAUCACCCUGGAGCACUCACUUCUAUCAUCAUGAAGUGCUUUGAGAGGCUUGUUAAGGAUCAUAUCACCUCCACCUUACCCAACACCCUAGACCCACUACAAUUCCCAUAUCGGCCCAACAGAUCUACGGACAACGCAAUCACCAUUGCACUGCACACUGCCCUAUCCUAUCUGGACAAGAGGAAUACCUACAUUAUAUACACUGAGUGUACAAAACAAAACCUUUUGCCCUCAGAACAGCCUCAAUUAUUCGGGGCAUGGACUCUACAAGGUGUCAAAAGCGUUCCACAGGGAUUCUGGCCCAUGUUGACUCCAAUGCUUCCCACAGUUGUGUCAAGUUGGCUGGAUGUCCUUUGGGUGGUGGACCAUUCUUGAUACACACAGGAAACUGUUGAGCGUGAAAACCCCAGCAGAGUUGCAGUUCUUGACACACUCAAACCAGUACGCCUGGCACCUACUACCAUACCCCGUUCAAAGGCACUUACAGCUUUUGUCUUGCCCAUUCACCCUCUGAAUGGCACACACAAUCCAUGUCUUAAUUGUCUUAAGGCUUAAAAAUCCUUCUUUAACCUGUCUCCUCCCCUUCAUCCUCCAGUGUUAAAUUCAACACUAGUCCAGUGUCUAUAUGGGUCCUCACUUUUCAGUGUUAAAUUAACACACUGCUUACUGUAAAGCAUUAUUUGCAUAUUUCCCACAGAGCCUUGCCAAAAUUAGAAAAGUGUAAUAUCAAAAAAUUUAGCUAGCUAGACUAUCUUACCCAUGCUCUGAAAUUGGAGUAGAUAGCCAGAGCGAAUUUACCAGCUACAUCUAUCAACAGUUGUCGCAGUGGCAUUCUAUUGAAAUGGAUCUUGCAUAGUGGAGUCUAUGGUUAAAACAUGUAGCUAGCUAGCUAGGUAAACAAUGAAGCAUAAUACCAACUCAUGAUGUUACUACCCUGCAUGAAUCUGCAGGUAGUUAACCAACCAGAUUCAAUGUUAGCUAGCUAACAUUAGGCUAUAACUAGCAAAGCAAAUGGCUCUGAGGUACGAAUAAUAAAAUCAUACCCAUGACACUAGCUAGCAAGCUAGCCAGCUAACGUUAGCUAGCUAGCUAACAGUACACUUUAACUUGAAAUUAAAACGACUUUCUGUCAAAAUUAGAAACGUGUAAUAUCUGAAAAUGUAGCUAGCUAGACUAUCUUACCCAUGCUCUGAAAUUGGAGUAGAUAGCCAGAGCGAAUUUACCAGCUACAUCUAUCAACAGUUGUCGCAGUGGCAUUCUAUUGAAAUGGAUACUUGUAUAGUGGAGUCUUUUGUUAAAACAUGUAGCUAGCUAGCUAGGUAAACAAUGAACCAUAAUCCCAACUCAUGACGUUACUACCCUGCAUGAAUCUGCAGGUAGCUAACCAACCAUGUUCAAUGUUAGCUAGCUAACAUUAGGCUAUAACUAGCAAAGCAAAUGGCUCUGAGAUACAAAUAAUAAGAUCAUACACAUAACGUUAGCUAGUGAGCCAGCCAGCUAAUGUUAGCUAGCUAACAGUGCACUUUAACUUGAAAUGAAACCACUUUCUGUCAAAAUUAGAAACGUGUAAUAUCUGAAAAUGUAGCUUGCUAGAAUAUCUUACCCAUAUAUUUUACAUUUACAUUUUAGUCAUUUAGCAGACACUCUUAUCCAGAGCGACUUACAGUUAGUGAGUGCAUACAUUUUCAUAUUGGCCCCCCGUGGGAAACUAACCCACAACCCUGGCGUUGCAAGCGCCAUGCUCUACCAACUGAGCUACAGGGUACAUCAACUGGCUUGAGAAGCGAAAGUAUUCACCCCUCUUGGCAUUUUUCCUAUUUUGUUGCCUUACAACCUGGAAUUAAAAUUGAUUUUUGGGGGGUUUGUAUCAUUUGAUUUACACAACAUGCCUACCACUUUGAAGAUGCAAAAUACUUUUUAUUGUGAAACAAACAAGAAAUAAGACCCAAAAAAACAGAAAACUUGUGCAUGCAUAACUAUUCACCCCCCUAAAGUUAAUACUUUGUAGAGCCACCUUUUGCAGCAAUUACAAUGCAAGUAUCUUGGGGUAUGUCUCUAUAAGCUUGGCACAUCUAGCCACUGGGAUUUCUGCCCAUUCUUCAAAGCAUAACUGCUCCAGCUCCUUCAAGUUGGAUGGGUUCUGCUGGUGUACAGCAAUCUUUAAGUCAUACCACAGAUUCUCAAUUGGAUUGAGGUCUGGGCUUUGACUAGGCCAUUCCAAGACAUUUAAAUGUUUCCCCUUAAACAACUCGAGUGUUGCUUUAGCAGUAUGCUUAGGGUCAUUGUCCUGCUGGAAGGUGAACCUCUGUCCCAGUCUCAAAUCUCUGGAAGACUGAAACAGGUUUCCCUCAAGAAUUUCCCUGUAUUUAACACCAUCCAUCAUUCCUUCAAUUCUGACCAGUUUCCCAGUCCCUGCCGAUGAAAAACAUCUCCACAGCAUGAUGCUGCCACCACCAUGCUUCACUGUGGGGAUGAUGUUCUCGGGGUUAUGAGAGCUGUUGGGUUUGCGCGAGACACAGCGUUUUCCUUGAUGGCCAAAAAGCUCAAUUUUAGUCUCAUCUGACCAGAGUAACUUAUUCCAUAUGUUUGGGGAGUGUCCCACAUGGCUUUUGGCGAACACCAAACGUGUUUGCUUAUUUUUUUCUUUAAGCAAUGGCUUUUUUCUGGCCACUCUUCCGUAAAGCCCAGCUCUGUGGAGUGUACAGCUUAAAGUGGUCCUAUGGACUGAUACUCCAAUCUCCGCUGUGGAGCUUUGCAGCUCCUUCAGGGUUAUCUUUGGUCUCUUUGUUGCCUCUCUGAUUAAUGCCCUCCUUGCCUGGUCCGUGAGUUUUGGUGGGCGGCCCUCUCUUGGCAGGUUUGUUGUGGUGCCAUAUUCUUUCCAUUUUUUAAUAAUGGAUUUAAUGGUGCUCUGUGGGAUGUUCAAAGUUUCUGAUAUAUCUUUAUAACCCAACCCUGAUCUUUGGUUUUAGAAGUGGGGGGACAUAAAUAUUAUGAUAUAUAUAUAUAUAUAUAUAUAUAUAUAUAUAUAUAUAUAUAUAUAUAUAUAUAUAUAUAUAUAUAUAUAUAUAUUAUUUUUGAAAGUCGGACAAACACUCCAAACAGCCUACCCGACCGCUCGGAGGCGUCCGCAUGAUCCUAAAGCACACCGUUGCCUCGUUUUGUAUCACAUUCCAAUGAUAAAACUGGGGGGGGGGGAUUUGUUUAGAAAAAUGUAUGUUAUUUAUAUUUGAGAGGGAUAAGAUUAAUUAAUCAAUCAAUGUACAUGCAAAAACAUAGAUAUUGAAACAAACAAUUCUAAAAAUCAACCUGCAAUAGAGCAUUCUGGUAAAUAUGAUAGGCGUGGUUUUGGUUUAACACUGGUUAUUAACAUCAACACUGGGAUUCUUUUACAUGAAUGAGUCUUAACUUAAUUUAACACCUGAAUCAACACUAGAAAUGUUACACUGAAAAAUCAACACUAGGGAACACGGGCCAAUUUGCUGUGUAUAAAAGUUAAUUAUGAGUUAAUUUAUCACAAAAUUUGCAGUGGAAUAUUCAGGAUAGGAAUGUAUAAAAGCACUAUACAUCUUUAUACUCAUAACCUUUAUGUAAGCACAGUCCCUUAGAUUUCACAAAUACUUUACCUUGAUGAAUCAAUGCCACUGCACUAGAACACAUAUUCUCCACACCUUUGAAAUGCCUGCUACUUUUAGAAAUGAACAGCAAUACUUACAGCAAUUAAAUACCUGCUGGGUAAAUGUGACAUUUUCAAAAGCUACUGCUAUCCACCCGAAAUCUAAUGAGGUGCUUUAGAGAAGCACUGCCGUUUAUUCCUAGGACUGCUACACUCAUUUACCAGGGGAGAAUGUCUAUCUGCAACCAUCCGUCAAUGCUGCUCUGUGCUAGUGUGUCAGCAAACGGCUUUCUGUGAGUGGGUUAUUUAUUGCUAUAUCACUGCUUUGUCUGUCAGUAUAGCAACAGAGAAAGUACAGCUAUGCAUAGCAAUGUUACAACUACAGAUGUUAUGGUGGAAGAAAUCCAAGGUUGCCUAACUGUGUUUGAAAUGAGGGAGGAUGAUUUAAAAAAAUUAAGACCAUGGCCUUAUUUCUAUUACAGCAUAUUGGAUGACUGUCAUUCAUAUCCCAUUCACCCAGCUCAAUCUAACAUCGAAAGGUUUAGGCUACUACGUGAUACUCCAAUUUUCCCUGUACCCAUCAUGAGGUUGCUACAACCUAGCCUAUGAAUGAAAGUUUACAACGUAGGUGCACAGGUCGAGAUAAUUUUAAGUAAUCAAGGUGACAGACUGUGAUACAUUCAAUACUGCCUUGCACACUCUUUCCUGCAUCUAGCUGAUCUAGGGUGUAAUCAUAAGUCCAACAGUUGCAAAUUAGAGUUUCUAUUGGACAAAUUUAUGUUUAUCCCCAUUUUGUUCCAUUUGCUUCCAUUUAAGAAGCGUUUUUCAACAGAAUCGGCAGAAUGAAUACACCCCUGAUCACAAGCAAACACAGUUCACUUUCAUAGCAGCCACAUAAAAACAGCAUGAUCACUGCUCUUUGUAUAUAUAAUUCCUUCUCGCAACUAUCUACGCGCUCUCCUCUCACCUUUUCCAUUUGCUUGUGGACUUCAGUGCACAACACAUCAGCUUUCUGUGACCAGGCAAAGAAGCAUUUUGAAGCCAAACCUUCAUAUCAUGACCGCUAAUCGCUACACACAGCCUACAUUGUAGUCACAUCAAAGUGAACAUACUAUAACAAAUGCGUUAGUAAACCCACUACAAUCAUGCAGUACAGUGUACAGUCAGAAAGCAGUUUAGCAAUUACACCGGCGGGCCCCGGUGACAAUAAAUUAAUCAAAUCAAAAGCCAACCUUGACUUGGAUAGCCAUAACCAGCUAGCUAAUACAGCAUCCCUCUCUGUUUGAGCCGGGUGUUUGAGUAGGCUACACUAGUUAGCUGCAUUCACUAGCUAAGUGAAAGUGAAAAUUUAAGAAAAUACAACCAAAUAUAGCUAGCUAGCUCUCUCUCUCUCUCUCUUUCUCUCUCUCUCUCUCUCUCUCUCUCUCUCUCUCUCUCUCUCUCUCUCUCUCUCUCUCUCUCUCUCUCUCUCUCUCUCUCUCUCUCUAUAUCUCUCUCUCUUUCUCUCUAUCUCUCUCUCUUGCUACUCCUUAAUUUUGGAAGAAAUUAAUUUGUUAAAAACUGUUCUACUAUUGUUUUUCUCUCUCUUUGAGUCAACUACUCACCAUUUUAUGCACUGCAGUGCUAGCUAGCUGUAGCUUAUGCUUUCAGUACUAGAUUAAUUCUCUGAUCAUUUGAGUGGGUGGACAACAUGUCAAUUCCUCCGGAAGUUGUCAUAAUUACUGUGUAAGUCUAUGGAAGGGGGUGAGAACCAUGAGCCUCCUAGGUUUUGUAUUGAAGUCAAUGUACCCAGAGGAGGACAGGAGCUAUCUGUCCACCGGCUACACCAUGGUGCUACCCUACAGAGUGCUGCUGAGGCUACUGUACACCUUCAUUGCAAAACAGUGUGUUUUAAUCAAUUAUAUGGUGACGUGAAUAUAUUUCAUAUUGUUUUUUAAAUGAUAUUUUUUAAUGUUUCACUAUAAAAAAAUAUAAAAAAAUUCACUGAGGAGGAUGGUCCUCCCUUUCCUCCUCUGAGGAGCCUCCACUGCAUCAUGAGUAUGGGUAAUGAGAAGGUAGAGCACAUAAAUCAGGGGUGUCAAACUCAUUCCAUGGAGGGCCUAGUGUCUGCUGGUUUUAGGUUUUUCAUUUCAAUUAAGACCUAGACAACCAGGUGAAGGGAGUUCCUUACUAAUUAUUGACCUUAAUUAAUCAAUCAAGUACAAGGGAGGAGCGAAAACCCGCAGACACUCGGCCCAGUUGUGGAAUGAGUUUGACACGUGACAUAAAUCAAUGAUGCAGAGAGGUAUCUGAACUAAUGGGAAUUGGGAAAUAUGCGAAACCAUAUCAUUAUUUCACAGAUCGUUUGGAAGUGGAAUCAUAGUAUAUCUCGUAUCUUUUGAUUCCUGUACAAUAAUUGCCAUACUGUAGCAAGGCAGUAGAUUUUCGAUGAUACAUUUGUACUGCUGUAAUGAGAUUGGGAUAUUUGAAGUCCCUCAUUACCUUGGGAUGGUGUUUUUCCCCAUCCUCCUUGUGUAACUUGAUCUACCGUCUGGAUAUGCAGAGCCAUACUGUAUGCCUCCAUGGUGGAAGAGUAAAUCCCCAACCCCCCUGCUGCUGGAGUGUCAGAUCAACAGGGCAAUGGCAAGACAGGUCAGGAUGGGUUGGCAGAGAAAGACAUGGCUUAGCAGGGGCAGUUAGCUGGGAGGGAGUGAUGAGGGAUUUGCUGAGGUAUUCAGGUAGGGAGAUAAUGCCUCUGCUCACAGCAGUGCUCAGUUAAACCUGACUCUGGCUCUCACACAGCCACACAUUUUUUAAUAGAUACAGGACAUUUUAUGUCCUCUUUGAUCAUUAUCUCUCUGUGCAUUGGUACUGUAUAGUAAUCACUUUUACUGAGGUCAGUCAAGUAACCUUCUUUGGACACCAUACCAACACAUAGCAGGAUGACACAUGGAAUACAUUCAUUAGGGUUUUGAGUUGCAGUGCACCCAUGAGCUAGGUGUGUUUGGUAUAGGGUUAUUCUUAGCUGACUGAGUAUGUGCUUAAUGCAUGUUGAACAAUGUCAGAGCUACCUAAAUUAAUGUAUGUGGAGUUUACAAAUCUUUAUGGACGACAGUAGGAUUGGGCCAAUUUAUGAGUUCUGUGGUUUGACCUUAAUAUUUGUGAAAGACUAAUCAAAUGGACUAUAUGAUAUUAGAGUAAUUUAGAUAAAUGUAUCUUUGCAGAUGUAACCUGGCGCCAGUGGAGGAGUAUGCUGGGGACGUGGGCCGGCGCACCAACCUGGUGACCAUGAACCCAUCUGUGGUGCAGCGGGCCUUCCAGGACCUGGCCAGCGAGGAGUGGAGGGAGCGCUUCCUGCAGCGGCUCCGGGGCCUCAGCGGCAGCGUACUGUGGAUCCCAGCCUUCAUGGCCAAGGGAGGGGAGGAGAGGGUGGAGUGGGCCAUCCGUCUCAUCCUGCUGCACACAGUGGAUGUGCACACCGCCUUCCCCUCACUGCGCCUUCUCCAUGCUGUCAGAGGGUAAGAGGGCUCUUUGUUACACUGCAGCUCGUAGUCUGUCUGUACACCUGUGAGCUCCACAAUCCAGGGCCUGGAAGGCACAAAUUAAGCAGCAGUUCACAGAUCCCCUGCUAUUUCUAAAGGGAGUAUUAGAGCUACUCAACAGGCCGUUGGUGACUAACUUACUGCUGCUGGCCUCUCUGCCAGCUGUUGAAUUUGCAGAAGGAGGACAGUUAGCCAGCAGUACUGAUAUUUUUUGUACUGUAUUUCUACAAAAAGCCUGGAAUCUUCUCUGAAAGGGCAAUAAAUGACUUGAAAUGCAGGGAAAAUGCUCAUAGAAAUGCAGUGCAUGUCUAUGACCUUUAGCUACAGUGGUGCUUGAUAAAUGCCAAACUGAAUACUUUCCCCUGGGCUUCUGCUUCUCUGAGUACUAGAUGCCCUUUAAAUAGAUCCACCAUUGACCUCCUACUAGUCCUAGUCCACUGCUAGGUCACUGGGCUCCUCUCUGAGUAUCUAGAGGUCAAGGUAGGCCAUACUGGGCUGGGCUGGGCUGUGCUGUGCUGUGCUGGGCUGGGGGUCUGUGAGUGAGAGGACCAGAUGGGGCUUGCUUUGUGACUGCAGGCCCCAGACCCCUCAGUCUUAUUACAAUUCAGUUCCUCUACUCGAGCCCACUGGCGCCUCAGCAUACAUCCACCCAGAGAUCUGAGUGAAAGCCACCACAUAGAGAGAGAAAGCGUGCUUAUUGUAGGGGCUUAUUCAAGGGUGAGUGGACUGCCAUUGAAGUGCUAAGAAUACAGAGGGUUCAGUGCUUUCUAAUGGAUAUUGGCUUCAAUGCACUCAUCCUCUUUAUCAGGGAUAAAGUCUACCAGACUUUGACAGUCUUUAAUACUAUUGUAUUCCUGCUAUGUGUUAUCUGUCAUAGGACCUUGGCGUGUGUGCAAGUGUCCACUAGUUCCAUAGGUUCUGUAGAUUUUUUUUCCAGAUACGAAGGAAAAUAUUGAACACUGAGAAGAAAUAGCUCUAGCCUAAAACAAACAUUCCAAAGAUUUCCUCUCAGGUAUUUUUUUCAGAUGUCAGGUGACUCUUCAGUGCCUUUAAAUACCUUUACCUAGGUUAUAUAACUCUCUCUUGCUCCAUUCUUUAGGUAUUGGCUGACCAACAACGUCCAGAUCAAGAGACCCACCACUGGUCUGCUGAUGUACACCAUGGCCACUCGCUUCUGUGAGGAGAUCCACCUGUACGGUUUCUGGCCUUUCCCUCAGGAUUCACAGGGGAAACCAGUGAAGUACCACUACUAUGAUACUCUGACCUACACGUACACGUCCCAUGCCAGUCCACACACUAUGCCACUGGAGUUCAGGACCCUGAGUUCACUCCACAGACAGGGGGCGCUGCGGCUCCACACUGGCUCU